CAGGAGAAGGGAGAGCUCAUGUCUCCGAUGUGCAGCUGCUAAGAUUUAGAGCCAUCAUUGAAAGCAUCCAACUUAGUCUAGUGAAUGAGACGUCUGUUGUCAUGCACACAAAGGUUGAAGGUCAGUCUAGUGAAUGAGACAUGUGUUGUGCAGUUAGCAUAGUUGAUCCUGAUGGCAUUGCAGAUAGCAUAGGUCAUACUGAUGUUGCAGGUAGUUUAAGAGAACAAAAUAGAUUUUGUAGUGCAUAUUAAAGUUGUCCCUUAAUUAAAAGAAUGAAAAAAACCCACCAAAAAAAAACUCAAUUUUACCUUAAAAAAGUUACAUGGGCCCCAUUAUUUAGUAUUACAUUUGAGGUGUGACAAAAACACUUGUGACAAGCUGUGACAGAAACAUUUUUGCACUUUAUUGAAUCCUACCUGUGUGACAUGUUUAUCCCCCUCAGGAAUCGAGGUUGGUGCCAGAAUGCACACAGGCAAGCUUGGAGUGUCUGCUCUGAUGAGAAAAAUACAACUUUUGGAUCCAGACCCUAAGACAAAGUAUCCUAAGGUAAACAAUGAUUGUAAGAGUGACAGUGGGACAAAAUACAACUUUUGGAUCCAGACCCUAAGACAAAGUAUCAGUAUCCUAAGGUAAACAAUGAUUGUAAGAGUGACAGUGGGACAAAAUACAACUUUUGGAUCCAGACCCUAAGACAAAGUAUCAGUAUCCUAAGGUAAACAUUGAUUGUAAGAGUGACAGUGGGACAAAAUACAACUUUUGGAUCCAGACCCUAAGACAAAGUAUCAGUAUCCUAAGGUAAACAAUUAUUUAUUGUAAGGGUGACAGUGGGACAAAUCCAUAGGUUCUUAUUAGUACUAAGACUGUUCUAACAAAGAUAAGUUGCUGUAUCAUAAGGUGGUCAGUUGAUUUAACCCAUAAACUGUGGCAUAGAUCAUUCCAUACUGUAGGAGCUUUUUGAGUGCCUUUUGAAAUAGCAUUAAAUGAUUUUUUGGGCCGCCGCAGUAUAGAAUGAAGAUAUUAGCCGGUUUCUUAGGCUGACCACAGUUCGUGGGUUAAUGCAAGGGUGACAACGGACAAAUCCACAGACACUCUAUGAAAUAUAAGAUAAAACAUCUUAGGUUUAACAUUGUUUUAUUGCAAGACUGAAAGUUUGGCACAGCCAUAGGUUCUUAUUUGUACUAAACUACACAGCUGUUAAGAAAUUACAUAAUAACUCUUUUUAUUCAAUGUGGGACAAGUAAGGUGUGAUGACACAGGAUGUCUCAUUAUGUUUUUAUUCAAUAUUCGAUAAGUAAGGUGUGAUGACACAGGAUGUCUCAUUAUGUUUUUAUUCAAUAUUCGAUAAGUAAGGUGUGAUGACACAGGAUGUCUCAUUCUUUUUUUAUUCAAUAUUGGAUAAGUUAGGUGUGACGACACAGGAUGUCUCAUUAUUUUUUAUUCAAUAUUCGAUAAGUAAGGUGUGAUGACAUAGGAUGUCUGAUUUAAAUAUAUUUUGAAACUAAAAAUGUUCUGGUUUAAAAUUGUUAUUUUUAAUGAGGAUGUUGACUGGAUGUGUUGUUAGGAUGCCAAGAAAUAUGCCAGUAAUCAAAACACAUUUCCAUUGGUUUGGAUCAAUAAAAUAAAUUUAUAUUAUUAGAUAGUGUGAUAAGUUGUUGUUGGAAGAACUAAAACAUCGAAGAGUAGAAAAGUCUUGAUUUGAUUUUGUCUGCCUUAAUUUAACACUGCCCCAUUUCUUGUCAUCAGAUCUUCUCAGUGAGUGGCACUGAGAUGCUUAAAUUUGAAAUGAUCCAGUACAACAAUGGUACAAAGGGCAGCAACUUCGAUAACAUCAAUUGCUAUGACAUGGAUAUCUUCCUCCAGCUGGGGAGAGCUCGCAUUGUUUUUGUCAACAAGUUCAUCCUGUCGCUACUUGUAAGUGGGUCAUGACAUAAAAAAGAUCAGUAAUGAAAUGGUUGAUAUGAAACCAGAGUUCAAGAGUUGCCAUGGAAUAUUUGGGACAAAGCUAAUAGGAAAUUGACAAGUCUUUGCAUUUGGCUUUCAUUAAUUUAAUUAUCCUUACUUAUGCCUUUGACCCUGCCUGGGGCAUAGGCAGUCUGCAGCAAGUUUGAUAACAUCAAUUGCUGUGACAUGAAUAUUUUACAGCAGAUGGGGAGAGCUUGCAUUGUUGUUGUUAACAAGGGUCUCUUGGUGUAAAGGGGCAUUUAUAGAGAGGCAGUGGCAUAGAAAGGGUUGGGUUGUAAGGAAACCUUGCUUGCUCUCUGCUAACCUUCAUCUAUAUCUGGCAUUCACUAAGGAAACAACUCAGGCGAUAACAUUUGAUGAUUAUAAUCUUGUUCUUUAUUAGGCUGACACUUCGCUUAUACUUUCUCUCAUCUCGCCACGGGGUGGGUUUGGACAUGGUGACUUUUUUAUGUACAGAAUUAUGGUUAGGUUCCUCCCCAUGCAGCAACAAGUAUAGCUACACUACUGGCUGAUUGAUAGUGAGACUCAAAUUGGAAUACUAAUGAGAGUACAAGAGGGAUUAUGUAUGGACUCCAAUGGGUUAUUAGUGAGACUCCAAGAGGGAUUAUGGUGAGACUUCAAGUUGGAUGAUCAUGAUACUUAGAUGGGGAUUAUAGGGAGGGUCAUAGAGGGAAUUAGUGAGACUAAGAGGGAAUGUUAGUGAGACUAAGAGGGAAUGUUAGUGAGACUAAGAGGGAAUGUUUGUGAGACUAAGAGGGAAUUUUAGUGAGACUAAGAGGGAAUGUUAGUGAGAAUGUUAGUGAGACUAAGAGGGAAUGUUAGGGAGACUAUUUAAGAGUGCCCCAUGUAAUCUCUUGUUUGUUGUUUUUAUACCUAUUACCCUACACCUGUAAUCUACCCACAGAACUUCCUGGACAACUUCUCAAUUGCCAAAACCAAGUUGGAUGAAGCUAGUAAAGCUGUAAAGGAAGCCUCCAAAGAUGUGGCCAAGAAUCUACAAGAGAGUGCACCUCGCAUCAAACUGGAUGUGGCUGUAAGUUGGACAUUACUAACCCUUGUUUAAAUUUGCCCAUGGAACCUUCCUCAUGUUGUGUUGGGCAAGACAUAAUUAUCAGUAGCAAAUAUUUUUCCAUGAAACCUUCCUCGGGUUCUGUUAUGUAGGAAAUUAUAAUAAUUAUAAUAAAGUUUAUUUGAAAAUCACACUUCAUCCCCAAAGGCUCGAAAUGCGGUACAAAGUCAACCAUACUAAAAGAGAAAAGAAACAAUCUAUAUUUUACCGCAUUGAAAUAAAAAACGCAACAUUACAAAAUCUACAUACGAGCAUACCCAUUCUAAGUCUUUUAUCCCUUGAAACCAUAAACAACACAAGCCAAUAUACAUCUAGGAGAUAAUAGCUAGCUGGAAAAGAUGGUAGACAACAUCACCCCAGCAGGUGUUUGCAAAAUAGAUGCGUUUUCAAAUGACUCCAGUGACUGGCUGUUUCUGAGAGCGACAGGAAGGGUGUUCAAAAUUGUUGGGCCAUUAAAUGCCAAAGUGUGCCUUCCGUAAGUCUCCAGGCCAAUAUGUGGUUUCAAGAGUUAGCCACUUUUGGAUGAGCGGAAUGGUCUUGUGGGUACAUAAGGCGUCAUGAGCGCUUUGAGAUAGGACCACGCCAUGUCAAUAGCUAAUAUUUUCUCAUGGAACCUUUCUUUGAUUGUGUCAUGUAGGACAUAAUUAUCAAAUAAACCAAGUCCAUAACUUAACAUAGCGGCCAUGUCUUUUUCCUGUUUGGUUUUUUACAUUUUACUUCAAAUCACUUCCUUUCCAUACUUCUUUAUUUUGUUUCUGUCUGGUUUUUGCGCCCACUCCUAUUUUGUCUCUUUUUUUUUUAGGUAGGAUCUAUAUAAUAGGUCCAUUUAAUGUAGACUUAUUUCAAUGUUUUGUUGUUAUAUUGAUGAAGGCAUGUCUCAAAACAUUUACUUGUGUAUUAUGUAAAAAAGUAUUGUUAUCGCUUAAAAUAUAUUGUUAUAUUGACACAAAUUGUUCAUGUCUAAUUAUUCAAGGAAAUAAUUAUCUGCAUGCUUACCAUUUGUUUUCCAUAUAUUCUUCUGUAUAAAAUGUCUUAAUCCAACCUACCUGCGAAACCUUUAUGAGUUGCUUCAAAGCUCUUAUUCAACAUUAUUUUGCUUUGGGAUUUACAAGAUUUAGUCAACGAUUUUGUAACUCACAGUUGAAAGCACUCAACUUUGUUUAUAUUUCAGCUAAAAGCACCGAUCCUUGUUGUUCCGAAAUCAUCCAGAUCUCUAGAAGUGAUGAUGAUCAACCUUGGAGACAUCAAUGUGGGCAACCGAUUUGAACGCAUUGACCUUGAGCAACGGCUGUCUGCUGGCCAUGCUCAUAUUGUGGAACACAUGACAGUCAUGCUGACCAAUCUCACACUAUCCAGGUUAGUGGUUGUAAUGCUGACCAAUCUCACUCUAUCCAGGUUAGUGGUUGUAAUGCUGACCAAUCACACACUAUCUAGGUCAGUGGUUAUAAUGCUGACCAAUCACACUCUAUCCAGGUUAGUGGUUGUAAUGCUGACCAAUCACACUCUAUCCAGGUUAGUGGUUGUAAUGGUGACCAAUCACACUCUAUCUAGGUUAGUGGUUGUAAUGCUGACCAAUCACACACUAUCUAGGUUAGUGGUUGUAGUGGUGACCAAUCACACUCUAUCUAGGUUAGUGGUUGUAAUGCUGACCAAUCACACACUAUCUAGGUUAGUGGUUGUAAUGGUCACCAAUCACACACUAUCUAGGUUAGUGAUUGUAAUGGUGACCAAUCACACUCUAUCUAGGUUAGUGGUUGUAAUGCUGACCAAUCACACACUAUCUAGGUUAGUGGUUGUAAUGCUGACCAAUCACACACUAUCUAGGUUAGUGAUUGUAAUGGUGACCAAUCACACUCUAUCUAGGUUUGUGGUUGUAAUGCUGACCAAUCACACACUAUCUAGGUUAGUGGUUGUAAUGCUGACCAAUCACACACUAUCUAGGUUAGUGGUUGUAAUGGUCACCAAUCACACACUAUCUAGGUUAGUGAUUGUAAUGGUGACCAAUCACACUCUAUCUAGGUUAGUGGUUGUAAUGCUGACCAAUCACACACUAUCUAGGUUAGUGGUUGUAAUGCUGACCAAUCACACACUAUCUAGGUUAGUGAUUGUAAUGGUGACCAAUCACACUCUAUCUAGGUUUGUGGUUGUAAUGCUGACCAAUCACACUCUAUCUAGGUUAGUGGUUGUAAUGCUGACCAAUCACACACUAUCUAGGUUAGUGGUUGUAAUGGUGACCAAUCACACUCUAUCUAGGUUAGUGAUUAUCAUGCUGACCAAUCACACACUAUCUAGGUUAGUGGUUGUAAUGGUGACCAAUCACACUCUAUCUAGGUUAGUGAUUAUCAUGCUGACCAAUCUCAACACUAUCUAGGUUAGUGAUUGUAAUGGUGACCAAUCACACACUCUCUAGGUUAGUGAUUGUAAUGGUGACCAAUCACACACUAUCUAGGUUAGUGGUUGUUAUGCUGACCAAUCUCACUGUACCUUGGGUAGUGGUUGUAAGCUAAAUACUAUUAGGUCCUUACCCUCUGAUCAUCCAGACUACUUUCUCUACAAGAGAGUUGAGUUGGGUUUUGGGGUGGUGUUUCAUGAGGCGAUUUCAGGAGAUCAUUUUUCCAGACAAGCAGAUUAUGUUUUAUAGAAAUAAUUUGUGUAUGCCUCUCUACACUGAUGUCUGCCUCACAACUUUGAUGUUGUCUUCCCCACAUUUAUGCUGUUGUCUGCCUCACUACAGUCAUGUUGUCUGCCUCACUACAGUCAUGUUGUCUGUCUUACAAACUAGGGAAGUUUUAUUUUAUUCCGUUUCACCCCAAAAGUUCUGGGUCAGUGGCAAUAUGGAAUAUACACAAUAGCCAAGUGGGGAAGCUAAGUCACAGAUUAAUGUCAUAUUGUUGAUAGAAGCAAUAGUUUAUAAACUUGUUAAUUUUCUGUGGUCAAAGUUCUAUCCAUACCUUUUUGUUAUUAUUGACUGUGGUCAAAGUUCAGUCUUUACCUUUGUGUUAUUAUUGACUGCGGUCAAAGUUCAGUCUAUACUUUUGUGUUAUUAUUGACUGUGGUCAAAGUUCUGUCUUUAACUAUUUGUUAUUAUUGACUGUGGUCAAAGUUCUGUCUUUAACUAUUUGUUAUUAUUGACUGUGGUCAAAGUUCUGUCUUUAACUAUUUGUUAUUAUUUACUGUGGUCAAAGUUCUGUCUUUCACUAUUUGUUAUUAUUUACUGUGGUCAAAGUUCUGUCUUUAACUAUUUGUUAUUAUUGACUGUGGUCAAAGUUCUGUCUUUAACUAUUUGUUAUUAUUUUCUGUGGUCAAAGUUCAGUCGAUAUAUGUUUGUUAUUUGCAGGGGUGUUCUUAUCAAUGAAGAGGGUUUAAUCAACUGGGAGAUAACCAUCCUUGACCCGAUGACUUUUAAGGUCAAUAUACAAAGGAACCUGUCAACAGGAUGGUUCCACGGAGUGCCAGAUGUUGAAGUUACUGGUUAUCUUGACCAGAUCAAUGUAAGUCUGGACGUUAGACAGCUAAGGUAUCAAAGUCAAUUGAUAUGGGGGAGGGGUUGGGGUGGCCCUGUGUCUCUGUGUCUUGGACCUCCCACUGAGCAUAGCAAGGACUGCCAAGACUACAUCAGCUCAGCCCCAUGGGGUUGGGGUGGCCCUGUGUCUAUGUGUCUUGGACCUCCUACUGAGCAUAGCAUGGACUGCCAAGACUACAUCAGCUCAGCCCCAUUAUGUAAUUAUUAACUAUGAAUAUCCCCUGUCAUCUGGUAAGUAAGAAGACAUUAUGAUCCUGUUUAGGGUCGUUAGCCCAACAUGUCAGAUAAAUGGUUUAGGUAGGUAGGACAAUAUUCUUUAUUGAUCCAAAUAAAUGAUUUAGGUAGAUAGGAUAUUAUUCUUUAUUGAUCCAAAUAAAUGAUGUAGGUAGGUAGGAUAAUAUUCUUUAUUGAACCAAAUAAAUGAUGUAGGUGGGUAGGAUAAUAUUCUUUAUUGAUCCAAAUAAAUGAUGUAGGUAGAUAGGACAAGAUUCUUUAUUGAUCCAAGUAAGUGAUUUAGGUAGAUAGGACAAGAUUCUUUAUUGAUCCAAGUAAGUGAUUUAGGUAGAUAGGACAAGAUUCUUUAUUGAUCCAAAUACAUGUAAAUGCAUUUGAUUACAUUUACAUUGUGCAUAUUAAUUUUGAGCUCAUAAAUAAAUUAAUACUUAAACCAAGACAAUAUUUUGCAAUUAUCACAGUUUAAACACAUGACGUUUAAUGUAUUUAUGAAAUUGAUCAGGUGUAGAAAUCAGCCAUUAAUAAACCCCCUUAAUGACAAUGAUGACUUAAUUAGUGAUCAUUUACAUUUUGUAACCACUGGGAGUGAACACUGGUCAAGUCUCACAGAAGGAAGAACACACAAGUGUUUAUCUUUCGGCCCUAACUCUAAGAAAAAGGAUUUGCCCUGAUCAAGUUGACCUUAGCUAUCUGUUAGCUAUCUGUGAUUCACAACAUACUUUUCUUCCAAUAGUUCUUUCAGUGAAGGGUGUUUAUUUUGUGUGAUAUUACUAGAUGUUAAUUAAAUAAUUAUUAACUUUGGGAAAAUUGAGAUCCAAACACAGUUUUGUACAUCAUUUAUGUUCUAUGUAUGAUACUUGAACAUUUUUACUGUUAUCAAAGAGACGAAUUUCCUCUGUAUGAUUCUUGAUGAUUUUCACUGUUAUCAAAGAGACGAAUGUCCUCUGUAUGAUUCUUGAACAUUUUUACUGUUACCAAAGAGACACAUGUCCUCUGUUUGAUACCUUAACAUUGUUAUUGUUAUUACAAAUGAUCAAUAUUGCCAGGUAAAACUGAACAAAGAGGAUCUCAUUCUGGCUUUCAACAUCCUCUCUGGAAACUUGAAAGAAAGGAACAAAGAUGACCCGAUCGUUUCAAAGGAGUCGGCCAGGACAGAAUCAAUGACAAAGAAAAGUAAGGCCAAUCCUCUCUACAUAAAUAGGAGCCUCAAUGAUCAGGCCUUGUUAGAGCCUUUUCAAUGUUAUCAUGCUUUGUUAUAGCCUUGUCAAUGUUAUCAGGCCUUGUUAGAGCCUUGUCAAUGUUAUCAGGCCUUCUUAGAGCCUUGUCAAUGUUAUAAGGCCUUCUUAGAGCCUUGUCAAUGUUAUAAGGCCUUCUUAGAGCCUUGUCAAUGUUAUAAGGCCUUGUUAGAGCCUUGUCAAUGUUAUCAUGCAGCGUCACAGAGAGAAUUACAAUAAAUGUUGCACCCAAUUUAGUUGAAGAAUCAGCAUACGAUUAAUUUGAGGCAGAAGAUGAAUGUAACCACCCUCUAAAAUAAAAGCUUCUGGUUGACUCAUUGAGAUUACAUCGAGACUGUCUAGGUCAAUGACUGUUGUGAUUUUUGUAAUGUUUAAGGUAUUACAUCAAAUUAAAGUACUUUUUUCUGUCCACCCCAAUUUUUUCAUCUUCAAUUACGAGUAAUUUUAAAAAAACCUCCCAAAUCCAUAUAUUUUGUUUUGAAGGCUCUUUGUAGUGUCAUAGUCUUAAGCUUAAAAACUUAGUUACUUUGGCCAAGGGGUAAACAGGUCUGUUAUUAAACAAACUGCUUCCCUCUUUAACUGCUAGCAUAUAUAACCUAAGUUAAUUCUACGUUACAUAUUUGUUUUUAAUUUUUAGAUAUAUUAUAUUUAGAAUUUUAGCCUUGAAUUAAAGGCCUGCAUUUUUUACUAUAAGUCCUUUAAAUUCUCAUGAGUGAUAUCCAUUGUUUAAAUUUGUUGAUGACAUCUGUCUGUCAGUAUUUACAAUAUAUUUUUAAUUUGUUAAUGUCAUCAGUCAGUGAACAUUUACAAUAUAGUAUUAAUUUGUUAAUGUCAUCAGCCGGUGAACAUUUACAAUAUAGUAUUAAUUUGUUAAUGUCAUCGGUCGGUGAACAUUUACAAUAUAGUAUUAAUUUGUUAAUGUCAUCAGUCGGUGAACAUUUACAGUGUCAUUUUAUUAUUUUGAAAUAUAUAAUUCAAAUAUAUCCCCUAAAUAUAAUAAGUUUGAAAAGUUUGACUCAUUCAAAUAUAUCCCCUCAAUAUAGUAAGGUUGCCUUGGGUUUUGUUUAUCAUCUUGGUCCAUGCUAGGUUCUGUUUGUAUGAGGAUUUUUAUCAUCACCAUCAAGAUUCAGUGCUUGUUUUUGACAUUCCAUUGUUCAGUGUUUGUUAUUGACAUUUCAAUGUUCAGUGUUUGUUAUUGACAUUUCAAUGUUCAGUGUUUGUUAUUGACAUUUAAAUGUUCAGUGUUUGUUAUUGACAUUUCAAUGUUCAGUGUUUGUUAUUGACAUUUAAAUGUUUAGUGUUUGUUAUUGACAAUUUAAUGUUCAAUGUCUGUUAUUGACAUUUAAAUGUUCAAUGUUUGUUAUUGACAUUCCAAUCUUUGCUGACUUUGACCAGCUGACUCGUCCAAGUCAGUUACAGUACUGUCCACUGUCCCAUCUGAAAGAGGUCAGCUUGCAUUGGUUGCUGAAGAGAUCUAUUCAACCCUCAAAAUGAACUUCAAGUUAAUGUACAUCAACGUGCAGCUUUUCAGGGGCAGAGUCAAUUUGGUGAGUGUUCUCAAAGUUAUACUUAAAUAA